ACUGUCUGUUCAAGUUGUGUCCAAUGAACAGGUACUCAGCCCAGAAACAGUUCUGGAAAGCAGCAAAACCUGGUGGAAACAGCACCACAGACACCGUACUCCUCAACAAAUUACAUCAUGCUGCUGAUCUAGAGAAGAAACAGAAUGAAUCAGAAAACCGGAAGCUGCUGGGAACUGUGAUACAGUACGGAAAUGUUAUUCAGCUGUUGCAUUUAAAAAGCAAUAAGUACCUUACGGUGAAUAAACGACUGCCUGCUUUGCUGGAAAAGAACGCCAUGCGUGUGACGCUGGACUCGGCUGGAAAUGAAGGUUCCUGGUUCUACAUACAGCCCUUUUACAAACUCCGCUCCAUAGGAGACAGUGUUGUUAUUGGGGAUAAAGUGGUUUUGAAUCCCGUAAAUGCAGGACAGCCUCUACAUGCCAGCAGCCAUCAGUUGGUGGACAAUCCUGGCUGCAACGAGGUGAACUCGGUGAACUGCAACACUAGCUGGAAGAUUGUUUUAUUUAUGAAAUGGAGUGACAACAAGGAAGCCAUUCUUAAAGGGGGUGACGUGGUUCGGCUGUUUCAUGCCGAGCAGGAGAAGUUUCUCACUUGCGAUGAACACAGGAAGAAGCAAUAUGUGUUCCUGCGAACCACCGGCCGCCAGUCCGCCACCUCUGCCACCAGCAGCAAAGCAUUGUGGGAAGUGGAGGCUGUAAAGAACUUUGAAAUAACUAAAAUCAUUUGCCGAAGUGAUAUGGACAUGUAAUGUGGUCAAGACCUG